AUGACGGACCUUGCUGAACUUGCCAUGGAAGGUGUGCCUCUAGUCGCCGAACACUACGACAAAGUUUACGAUCCGCUGAAGGAUAAGACCAAACAGGGCAUACAAAAGGUCAAGAAAAUGCGCAACAAGAGCAACACCCAAGGCGGCGGCUACGAAUCCGAGACCGACGAGGAAAUCGAGUACGACGCACCACCACGACGAAAUUAUACGGAGCCCACUCGUAGGAGGAGUCCUCGUGGUGAUGACCGACGCCGUUCUCGUCGUGAUUAUGAUGAUGUGGUCGAGGAGAGAUACGUCUACAAGGGCCCGAACAAAGAUCGCGCAAAGUCCAUGGGCAGAGAUGGCUGGAGUGGUGGACGUGGUGAUGGGCGGAGAGGAGGUCGCCGUGAUUACUCCGACUCCGAAUCCUCCGUCUCUCCUCGACCUCGCGAACGGCGUAAAUCUCUCGGAGAGAAAGCACUCAUGGCACUUGGUCUAGGAGGAGCGGCAGGAGCAGCCGCAGGCAGCAAUCGCGAUAAGAGACGUUCCCGCUCUCGACGGAGGCGCUCACCCUCCACCUCCUCAUCUAGCAGUGAUGAUGGAUACUACCGUCGACGGGUCAAUCGCAACCGCGGGCCAUCCGGGGACUACUAUGAUGACCGCACACCAGCACGGUACAAGCCGGCCGGCUAUCUCCAGAACGGAGAACGAGAUGGUGGUAGCGAACGUGGUGGGGGGCAACAAGUCGCACGCCGAGACAAUCGAAGUGAGGUUGGCUCACGCAAGGGAGGCGAAGGCAAGAAAGACAGUAGUUCCUCGGAAUCAUCAGACGUGUGCUCCUCUUCCGAAGACGAGCGCCGUACCAAGAAAAUGAAAGGAAAGGAAUACCUGACUGCCGGCCUCGCCGCUGUGGCCACCAUCCACGCCGCUCACAGCGUCUACGCAUCUAUGGAAGCCCGUGACAAACGCCACGUGGAAGUUGCCAAGGGAGAGCUCUCGCCCGAAGAGGCACGCAAGAAGAAGAACAAGGCCAGAAUCCAAGAUGCGGCUGCCAUCGGUAUUGCGGCUCUGGGUAUCAAAGGAGCGUACUCGGAAUGGCAGGAAGUGCAGGAGAAUCGUCACGAGCUUGCAGAAGAGCUGGAGGAGAGGAAGAAGAGACACGAGAAGAGAGUGAAGAGACAGGAGAAGCAAGCAAAGGGGGGUUCCGGCGGUGGUCGGAGCCGCUCUGAGGCGCCGAACAGGAGGAGAGACAGGAGCUAG